GGUCGGGUUUUAUUGACAGCUUUUUCCACUUGCCUCACGGAGCACGCGCCAAACCUUGAAGUGCUGCAAAACGGAAGUGCUGUGAGACUGAGGCGGAAGUUUGAGGGAGGAGCAAAAUGGCCGCCGUGGUUGCGAUGUUGAAGGGACCGGGAAGGCUUUGGUGUGUCUUCGCCGGACGGAGGAAGAAUCUUUGUGCUUCUGGAGCAGUUGCGUCACGGAGAAGAGAAUGUAGUUCACAGAGCCAGCAGGUGCCCAGUGAGGCAGACAUGCCUGUAGCGAUGGAAAAUCCCUAUAAGGAACCACCUAAAAAAUGCAUCUUGUGUGGAACAACUCUUGACUACAAGAAUGUACAGCUUUUAUCACAGUUUAUUUCUCCAUAUACUGGUAAAAUCCUUGGUCGACACAUAACAGGCUUAUGUGAAAAGAAACAAUCUGAACUCACAAAAACUAUUAAAAGAGCCCGAAAAACAGGAUUUAUGUCGGUGACAUAUAAGGACCCAACAUUCCUCAGUGACCCUAAAAUAUGUAAUAUUAAAUAUCCAGAAUGAACUGUUAAUUGUACCUAAUAAAUGUAUUUUUGUUAUUACUUUGUGCUCAUUACUAAUAGAACCUCAAUAAACAAGCCACUUCCACCUCAA